GCCUUCAUUAUGACAGAGGAAGAUGAUUUACCAGCCAACUUUUUGACAGAGAAGAUGCAGCACAGCAGUGGAGAGCUGGUCCCUCCCGACGGCCUGUGUUGGUUGUCAGUGCUGUUCUGUCUGAUGCUGGCUUGUUUUUAUGUUGGCAGCUUAUAUGUGUGGAGGAGUCACCUGCCGAGGGACCAUCCUGCUGUCAUAAAGAGACGCUUCACCAGCGUCCUGAUUGUGUCAGGUCUGUCGCCCCUGUUUGUGUGGGCAUGGAGAGAAUCUGCAGGCGUCGUGAACGGCCCGUCUUUGCUGGUUCUCAUGGGGAUCCGGUUUGAAGGCCUCAUUCCUGCCAUCAUACUUCCUCUGCUCCUCACCAUGGUAAGAAACAGCCAAUUGCCUGCUCUGUCCUCUCUUCCAGCUCACUUCCACCAUGUGAUUGAGUUGCUGAGGUUCAGACAGGGCACUCUGUUGGGUAUUUUCCUCUCUGCAGUGUUUCAGUUUUCCUACACGGCAGUGUUUGGAGCCUACACAGCCUUCAUCUUCAUCAGAACAGGCCACCUGAUUGGUCCGGUACUUUGCCACUCCUUCUGUAACUACAUGGGUUUCCCUGCCAUCAGCACAGCUCUGGAGCACCCUUACCGACUCACUGUCCUCUCCUCCUAUUUGCUGGGGGUCCUCCUCUUCUUUCUCCUUCUGUUCCCCUUCACCGACCCCUCCUAUUACAGCCUCCCAGUCUGCACCCUCACCUCCUUUCCCAGUUCCUCCUGCCUCUCCUGAUCCUUGUCCCACCCUCACAUUUCUACUGUUGUCAAGAAGUAAUUGAGGGUGUUUUUGCUUUUUUGACUUUUUUUUUUCCUCAUUAGCGUUAAGAGUUAAGGUCUGUUGGGCCAACAGUGACGACUCGUUGCCACAGAGAGGGGAGGAACUCUGUAGACCCGUUCCUCGGUCUGUAGACACUUUGUCUGUCUGUAUUUAUGUGGCACCAGUCCUGUAACUGGUUCUCAUGGUGUGCAGAAGUUAGAGUCGCGUUGCUGAGACUAAGCUGAGAAUAAACUGGGACAGCCGAUUUCCAAAGACAGCUAAUGUGUCCUACACUGCCACACAGAUACAGGAUAGUGCAGCAGAACUGACAUAACACAGAUGAGCAAGUUCUCCUUAGAAUGCUGGUACAUCUCUGUGAUAAGGUACCACAGUGUACUCUGUGAUAAGGUACCACAGUGUACUCUGUGAUAAGGUACCACAGUGUACUCUGUGAUGGACUCCAUUCGGUCUGACUCGUUUCCCGUGAGUCUGCUUUGCUGCACCUCAUGUUUUCAUUAUUACGAUGGCUGCAAUCACAUCACUGACAUCACAGGACAGGUUGGAAACGUACUUCCUGCUCCUUUCACCUGGCUCGUUGUUUGUGAGAAACAUGACUAAUUUAUAUUUUCAACUAAUAGUCCGUUGUAUAUUGCGUAUAUGCAGAGCGAUUGCUAAGUUGCUCACGUCAGUUGCUAAUUAUUUUCACUUUCAUGCCAGUUUUCCACAGCAGGUUCCAGUUUGUAAUCUAGUCUCUGUUUAAAAUGAGAUUUCUUAGACUUUCCUACAUCGUAUGUGUGCAGACUGAAUAGGACUCAUUUAAUUUAGCUUCAACUAAAUAAAACUCCAACACUUUGGGCAUAAUUUAAGAGAGAAGCAAGCAACGUGAACACGCUUUACUACAAACAAGAGCUAGUCAGUGUUGCUGAAAUUAGUCACCAGUACAUGCCCAAAGGACAAAAGGUUUGUCGCUGUUUUAACCGUCGUUCGCCAUCAGCAGGCAGAAAUAGAAGCACUCAGGAUUGUCGCUGUUGAUGGCGCCCUCUUAAAUAAACCAGAUUAUGUAAACCACUUAUUUUUACAUCAUAUUGAAGCCAAACAAAUACAUUCAGCAAAAACUGAAUAAAACUCAAGUAAACAGGAAGCUUUGAGUAAAUCUCAGUGACCUCAAGGUCAGAGGUCAGGUUCUCUAACACUCUUGUGAACACAAAAACGAUAUCAUAACUAAGUCGUCUAGGAUUUUCAAAUCGAUACAGUUUACUGAAAAUCCUGAAAGAGUUUGAUUCUCAGUGAGCUUGACCUCAGGGUCGGAGGUUUGAUAGCAAAUGUGCAGCUAUAAGUAGCUCUGGCAGCAGCUGGUAUUUUUAAAGAGGGUAGCAUCUGUGACCAGUCAGUGACUAAUAAGAUGAUAAGCCCCAACUGGGAAACUCCUGAAUUGAACCCUGAACGG